AUGCUCUUGGUUGCAGGGCUGAUGGCACUCGAAUCCAAUUCCUCGUCAAGGUGUACCACGGAGACGGCGAAGGGAACGCAUGUCUUGGAGAUCAUCGGGUACAGCCUCAAGAAGGGCCUGGGAAUCGACAAGUUCGUCCAGUCGGCCAUCUUCACCGUCGGCGGCUACGACUGGACCAUCCGUUUCUACCCUGACGGAGCCAACAUGUCAUACGCCGAUUGCGUUUGCGUGUCGGUCUCGCGUGAGCCCACGGGCAGGGGGUUGGCGCGGGCAUCCUGUGAUCUGAGACUGGUUAACAAGGAUACUGGGUUGCCAAAGAGUAUUUGGUUUCUGUCUCAAGCAACCCCGACAGAGUUCGACUACGGUAAUCGUGUUUUCCCAGAAUGUGGAGGGUUCAUUCAAAGGAGUGAGCUGGAGCUGGAAGCAUCAGGCUACAUUAAGGAUGAUAGCCUGACAAUUGAAUGUGUACUCACAGUCAUCAAACAAUCACAGGUGACAAAAACAACAGGGAGCUCUGAAAUCAAGGUGUCAUCGUCCAACUUAUCGGAUCAUUUUGGCAAGCUGUUGUUAGAGGGGAAGGGGUCCGACGUGACAUUCAGUGUUGGGGGAAAGACUUUUGCCGCACACAAGAUCAUACUUGUGGCACGAUCACAUGUCUUUGAGGCAGAGCUGUAUGGAGGGAUGAAGGAAACAAAGGCAGAGUCCAUUACAGUUGAAGACAUGCAGCCUGCUGCUUUCAAGGCCUUGCUGCAUUUCGUAUAUACCGAUUCAUUGCCUGACGUGGGUGAUUUUGGUGGUGAUGAUUACGUUGAGAUGAUCCGGCAUUUACUUGUGGCUGCAGAUAGAUAUGCCAUGGACAGGCUGAAGUUGAUAUGCCAAAACAUCCUCGGUAAAAACCUUGCCAUGGAGACUCUGGCAACUACAUUGGCUUUAGCUGAUCACCAUAACUGUGACAGGCUUAAGGAAGUGUGCAUUGAAUUUAUUGCCUCUAAGGAUGAGAUGGAUGCCUUGAUGGCAACCCAAGGUUACAGUAAUCUCAAAAGAACUUUCCCUUCUGUCUUAAUAGACGUGUUCGAGAAGGCAAGUAGGUUGCACAAAGCAUAG